AUGUCUCGCCACAGAAACGUCCGAGGCUACAACUACGACGAAGAUUUUGAAGAUGAUGACAUGUAUGGACAAUCUGUGGAGGACGAUUACUGCAUAUCGCCAGCUACAGCAAAUCAGUUCAUCUACUCUCGUCGGGAGAAGCAGGUGCCGAAGGAGGAGCCCCUCGAAGAGGAAGAAUACGAAGAUGACGUACCCAUGUCCCCGACCAUCAGCCGCAACCUUGACCCGCUUGAGCAAGCCAAACUCUACUCCUGCCUGGACCACAUGAGGGCCGUGUUAGGCGACUCAAUGCCAGACUCUGUGUUGAACCAGGCAGCCAUAAGAUGCGGAUUCGAUGCACAGAGGGCGCUCGAUGCGAUUUUAUCCGAAGAGCCAAAAAGAAGUCACGUUCCCGCCGACGUCCAGAGAGUGAGCGAGGAGAAAGCGCCGUUACCGCAAAGAAGCAGGCAGGCGGCGGUUAUUGAGAAAGCUAAAAGCAGAAACAUCCCUCAAAAUAAACUGGAUUGUGAAGUCCUACCCAAAGUGGCUCGCAUGACCGUCUCUGGAAAGAAGCAGACCAUGGGAUUCGAUGUGCCCAGUGGAGACAACGGUGUCGUCACAACACUUGCUGCCGGCGAGGCCACACCCAAACGUCCAGAGACUCCAUCCAAAGGGUCAAACGAAGACGAGCUAACUAGCGUUCCCACUCCCGGGCGCUCCGCCGGAAAGGCCCGGCAGGCCAUUGAUGUCAAGGCUGAAAUGGAAAAGCGACAAGGAGGCAAACCUCUUUUGAAUUUAGUAGUCAUAGGUCACGUGGACGCGGGUAAAAGCACGCUCAUGGGCCACCUGCUGUAUCUGCUGGGCAACGUCAACAAGCGCACUAUGCACAAGUACGAAACAGAGUCCAAGAAGGCCGGCAAGGCGUCGUUCGCGUACGCAUGGGUGUUGGACGAAACCGGCGAGGAGCGCGACAGAGGUGUGACGAUGGACGUCGGCAUGACCAAGUUUGAGACCAACACCAAGGUGGUGACACUAAUGGAUGCUCCCGGACACAAAGAUUUCAUCCCCAACAUGAUCACAGGAGCUGCCCAGGCGGACGUGGCCGUGCUAGUGGUGGACGCCAGCCGAGGGGGCUUCGAGGCGGGCUUCGAAGCGGGCGGCCAAACCAGGGAGCACGGCUUGCUUGUGCGUUCGCUGGGCGUCACCCAGCUAGCGGUGGCCGUUAACAAGAUGGACCAGGUUGAUUGGCAACGGGAACGCUUCCAGGAAAUCACAACUAAACUUGGCCAUUUCCUCAAGCAGGCGGGCUUCAAGGACUCAGAUGUUUUCUACAUCCCCACCAGCGGCCUAUCUGGAGAAAACCUUAGCACUAGGAGUUCACUUUCUGAGCUCAAGUCCUGGUAUUCCGGGCUCAGCCUUCUGGAACAGAUUGAUGCCUUCAAGCCUCCUCAACGCUCAGUGGACAAACCUUUCCGACUUUGUGUGUCUGAUGUCUUUAAAGACCAGGGCUCGGGCUUCUGCAUCACCGGGAAGAUUGAGGCGGGUUAUAUCCAGACGGGAGACAAACUGCUGGCUAUGCCGCCUAACGAGACAUGUCACGUCAAAGGAAUCACUCUGCACGACGCCCCUUUGGAUUGGGCCGCCGCCGGAGAUCAUGUCAGCCUGACUGUCACCGGCAUGGACAUAAUCAAAAUCAACGUGGGCUGCGUCUUCUGUGAUCCCAAAGAACCCAUCCGAGUUUGCACGCGCUUCAGGGCCAGGUUAUUACUCUUCAAUUUUGAGGUCCCCAUCACAAAGGGCUUCCCGAUUUUGCUGCAUUACGGGACGGUGAGCGAGCCGGCCACCAUUACGAAACUCAUAAGUGUCUUACACAAAAGUAGUGGCGAGGUCCUCAAGAAGAAACCCAAGUGUUUGGGGAAAGGCAUGAACGCCGUGGUGGAGAUCCGGACGCACAGGCCCGUGGCGUUGGAGUUGUAUAAAGACUUUAAGGAGCUGGGUCGCUUCAUGCUGCGCUACGUGGGAUCCACCAUCGCCGCAGGAGUCGUCACAGAGGUACGGAAGCAACAAUUACUCUAG